UGGUGCGCUGUGUCCCUCGGACACAGCGGAUCACUGAUCAAUGGAAAGAGCUGAAGAUGUCGGCUCAGUCAUGUGAUCAGCUGUGUCCAGUCACAGCUGAUCACAUCAGUGUUACCUGUCAGUGUCCAUCAAUGCCAGCUCUCAGUACUCAUACAUGCCACCUGCCAGUGCCCAUCAGUGCCACAUCAAUGCCACAUAUCAGUGCCUACCAGUGCACAUCAAUGCAACAUAUCAGUGCCCAUCUGAGCUGCCUUUCAGUGUCCCCUAUCUGUGCCAGUCAGUGCUGCCUAUCUGUGCCAGUCAGUGCUGCCUAUCUGUGCCAGUCAGUGCCGCCUAUCUGUGCCAGUCAGUGCCGCCUAUCAGUGUGCAUCAGUGCCAACUAUCAGUGCCAGUCAGUGCCGCCUAUCAGUGCCAUAUAUGAGUGCUGCCUUUCAGUGCCCAUCAGU